UGUUUGGCGCAUGUAAGCAAAAUACAUUUGAGUGAUUCAUUUGUGCGCAUUGGGCGUGUGCAGUAUUAUUUAUUUCCUAUUUUUUUAUCACGCCAUGAUGAAUACCCAUAUUGCAUUUAUUUUUGUGAUCUUCUGUCUUCAUUCAUGUGCAGCCAUCCGGUGCUAUCAGUGUGCCACCAGUGAGGAUGGUGAAUAUGAGGACAACUGUGGUGCAUACUCCAGCUUUGAUGACACAAAGCAUGUUGGGGUUGAGUGCAACAGCGAGGAGGCGAACACGCCCGGCACGUUCUGUGCAAAGAUCACCGCCCAAGGGCCCAUCGGCUUCAUCUGGGAUGGUCGCUGGAGACAGGUCAUCAGGCGGUGUGCUGCUGUGACCAAGGCCGGUGUGAAUGAUGCCUGCAACUGGAAGGUGCAACUGAACGGUGAAUACAUCGAGGAGUGCUACUGCUCAAAGGACAACUGUAACUCGGCGCCAGGCGCGACGGCCGUCUGUCUUCUGCUGCUGCUGGCUGGACAGGCUUUGGGACUGUAUGCGGCCGUGUGAGGGAUAUUGAUCUGAAGAGUCCUAAUGGGAAUGGAAAAAGUCUGGUAGAUGUCUGAGGAUUCCCAGGAAUUGUCUGAGGUUUGUAGAAUGAAUGGGGAGUGUUUUAGCGACUGCCAAAGGAGACCCAGAGGUGCGAUAUGAGCGCAGUUUGUUAGAGAAGUCUGCUUGGCUAUGGGUCUGGGAGUAGUUGUAUCCAAAAGGACCAGUCAUCCAGAACUUGUCGUUAGAUGAAUCUCGAUAGUUGUAUCUCGGAUAUCCACAACGUUUGAAUGAAACAACCGGAAGUCUGAUGAUGCAUGUGCCGUUGUCUUGAUGCCGUCCAUGGUCAAGAAAGCGAAGUGUUUGUGGAGAGGAGAGGUCAAUGUGAUGUUUCAUGAACUGAAGUUGAAUGUAACGAAUCUCUGAACAUUGUUAAAACGCCUUCAUCGGCGGAACGAUCUGCGCGUGCUUUUAGGCACUCGAUUGUCUAUUUUUGUAAGGAACAUGCUGCAGCUAGUGUGAAUGUAAUCAUCGACAGCAUGCUUCGACAUUCCAAAAUAACGAAUUCCAAGGUAAACCAAUCCAUCCAUUUAUGUGCAUAUCUUGCAGGUAUGGCUAUACCAGACUUUACCUUCGCACUAUUAUUCUAUCAACUGUGUACGCAUGGCGAGCGAUCUUUUCUCAUGUAUCGAUCGGUAACGAUCAUGUCCGUCCAGAGCCGAUAUCAUUCGCAGUGAUUUGAUAGCAUCAUGGUAGAUGCGUGCGUUUGUAGGUGCUUUGCUGUCAAUUGUGUUGUAUAUAGGACAGCCAGCUGGUAUUUUUACAUUUGUAGCAGGCGUGUGUCUCAUCAUUGCAGUGUCCGUGAUCACAAAGAAAGUAGAUUUAGAUGCACUUUUUCGCGUGGCGCACGCACCUCACCCGUAAACUACAUACACGCCAGCUAAUGUUUAAAUUGGUAGUGAAAGUCUUAUAAGUAUCUUUCAAUGAAAAUGUUUGGUAUUUUG